CGGGACUGGGACCGGCCCCGGGCGCUGCUGCUGCUCCUGGUGCUGCUGCUCCGCGCUCCCGCGCCGGGCUCCGCGCAGGCAGUGUGUGCAGGGACCCUGAACGGGCUGAGCGUGACGGGGGACGCGCAGCACCAGUACCAGACCCUGCACAAGAUGUACAACAACUGCGAGAUCGUGAUGGGCAACCUGGAGAUCGUCCUCAUCGACCACACGCAGGACCUCUCCUUCCUGCAGACCAUCCGGGAGGUGACGGGCUACAUCCUGAUCGCCAUGAACGUCUUCGCGUCGCUGCCGCUGCAGAACCUGCGCGUCAUCCGCGGGACUCAGUUCUACGAGGAGAAGUUCGCGCUCUUCGUGCUGCUCAACUACAACCCCAACGCCACCCACGCCCUGCGCCACCUCGGCCUCAACCAGCUCACAGAGAUCCUGGCUGGCGGCGUCUACAUCGAGAAGAACGCGCAGCUGUGCCACGUGGACACGGUGGAGUGGAGGGACAUCAUGCGGGACACCCGCCAGGAGCCCAUCGUGAGGGACAACGGCAAGGCCUGUGCCCCGUGCCACGAGAGCUGCGGCGGGCACUGCUGGGGGCCCGGCCCCGAGGACUGCCAGAAACUGACGAAGACCAUCUGUGCCCCCCAGUGCAACGGGCGCUGCUUCGGGCGGGCGCCCAAUGAGUGCUGCCACGAGGAGUGUGCGGGGGGCUGCACCGGCCCCCUCCGCACCCACUGCUUCGCCUGCCGGCACUUCAACGACAGCGGGGAGUGUGUCCCGCUGUGCCCCCAGCCCCUCAUCUACAACAAGCUGACCUUCCAGCUGGAGCCCAACCCCGACACCAAGUACCAGUACGGGGGUGUCUGUGUCCGGGAAUGCCCCCACAACUUCGUGGUGGACCAGAGCUCCUGCGUCCGCGCCUGCCCCAACGACAAGAUGGAGGUGGAGAAGAACGGGCUGAAGAUGUGCGAGCCCUGUGGGGGGCUGUGCCCCAAGGCCUGCGAGGGCACCGGCGCUGGCAGCAAGUACCAGACCGUGGACUCCAGCAACAUCGACACCUUCAUCAACUGCACCAAGAUCCUGGGCAACCUGGACUUCCUCAUCACGGGCCUGGAGGGGGAUCCCUGGCGCAACAUCUCGGCGCUGGACCCCGAGAAGCUGAACGUGUUCCGGACGGUGCGGGAGAUCACGGGGUACCUGAACAUCCAGUCCUGGCCCAAGCACAUGCAAAACUUCAGCGUCUUCUCCAACCUGGAGACCAUCGGCGGACGGAGCCUCUACAACCGGGGCUUCUCUCUGCUGAUCAUGAAGAACGAGAACGUGACGUCGCUGGGGCUGCGCUCGCUGCGGGAGGUGAGCGCGGGCCGCGUGUACAUCACCGAGAACCGGCGGCUCUGCUUCCUGCACACCGUGCACUGGGCAGCGCUGAGCCGCUCCCGCGCCGACCUCGACAUCCGCAACAACAGACCCCGCAGCAAGUGCCAGCAAGAGGGGAAGGUGUGUGACCCGCUGUGCUCGGCCGAGGGCUGUUGGGGGCCCGGCCCCGGGCAGUGCCUGUCCUGCCGCCACUACAGCCGGCGCGGGGUCUGCGUGCCCACCUGCAGCUUCACCCACGGGGAGACGCGGGAGUUCUCCCAGGAUGGAGAGUGCUUCGAGUGCCACCCCGAGUGCGAGCGCAUCGAGGGCGGCGUCACCUGCAACGGCUCGGGCGCCGACACCUGCACCCGCUGUGCCCACUAUCGCGACGGGCCCCACUGCGUGGAGAGAUGUCCCGACGGCGUCCUGGGCGAGCGCGGCCCCAUCUACAAGUUCCCCGACGGCAGCCGCGAGUGCCGGCCCUGCCACGAGAACUGCACCCGCGGGUGCCUGGGGCCGCUGCUGCGGGACUGCCUGGGGGACGCCCUGCCCGUGUCCAGAAAGGCGCCGACGCUGAUCGCGGUGAUGGUGGUCGGGGGGCUCUUCCUCUCCUGCUCCAUCGUCCUCCUCGCGCUGCUCUACUGGCGGGGAAAGAAGAUCCAGAAGAAACGGGCGAUGCGGCGCUACCUGGAGAGGGGAGAGAGCCUGGAGCCGCUGGAUCCCAGUGAAAAGGCCAACAAGGUGCUGGCCCGAAUCUUCAAGGAGACGGAGCUGAAGCGGCUGAAGGUUCUGGGCUCUGGUGUCUUUGGCACCGUGCACAAGGGCAUCUGGAUCCCAGACGGGGACUCCAUCAAGAUCCCAGUGAGCAUCAAGGUGAUCCAGGACUGGAGUGGGCAGCAGUCCUUCCACGCUGUCACCGACCACAUGCUGGCCAUCGGCAGCCUGGACCACUCCUACAUCGUGCGGCUGCUGGGGAUCUGCCCUGGGCCGCAGCUCCAGCUGGUGACGCAGCUCCUGCCCCUCGGCUCCGUCCUGGAAUACGUGCGCAAGAACCGCGACUCCAUCAGCCCCCAGCUGCUGCUCAACUGGUGCGUCCAGGUGGCCAAGGGCAUGUACUACCUGGAGGAGCACCGCAUGGUCCACCGCAACCUGGCUGCCCGCAACGUGCUGCUCAAGUCUCCCAGCCAGGUGCAGGUGGCUGAUUUCGGCAUCGCCGACCUGCUCUACCCCGAUGACAAGAAGUAUUUCUACAACGAGGUCAAGACGCCCAUCAAGUGGAUGGCACUGGAGAGCAUCCACUUUGGGAAGUACACGCACCAGAGCGAUGUCUGGAGCUACGGCGUGACGCUGUGGGAGAUGAUGACCUUCGGCUCCGAGCCCUACGCCGGGAUCCGCCUGGCAGAGGUGCCCGACCUGCUGGAGAAGGGCGAGCGGCUCUCGCAGCCCCAGAUCUGCACCAUCGACGUCUACAUGGUGAUGGUGAAAUGCUGGAUGAUCGACGAGAACAUCCGUCCCACCUUCAAGGAGCUGGCGAACGAGUUCACCCGCAUGGCCCGGGACCCCCCGCGCUACCUGGUGAUCAAGGAGAGCGGGGCCGUGCCCCCCGCCGAGCCCCCCACCCUCAGCGACAAGGAGCUGGACGACAUGGAGACGCUGGAGCUGGAUGAGGAGGAGGAGCUGGACGUCUCCUUCGGCCCCACCACCGGGCUGUACCCACAGCGCCCACGGGGCAGCUGCGCCCGGAGCCCCAGCCUGCUCAGCCCCCCCGCCGGAUACAUCCCCAUGAACCAGCCCGGCCUCGGCAGCACCCGCCUGGGCGGGGGGUCGCGGCCGCUGCGGCGCAGCCGUCAGGAGUCCCUGGGCCGGACGGUGUCGGAGUCGUCGGAGGGUCGCGGCACCGCCUCGGAGCUGGACCUGGGCGAGGGCGGGUCCCUGUCCGGGAGCCUCUGUCGCAGCCUCCGCUCGCGGGGGGACAGCGCGUACCUGUCCCAGCGGGAGAGCUUCCCCCCCCCGCCCCCCAGCUCCGAGGGCAGUGAGGAGGAUCCCAACGGAUACGUGACCCCCAACUGCGCCCAGCGGGAGCCGGGGGGGCCCCCGGGUGCCCCCCCGGGCCGGGGCGGGCAGGACGAGGAGGACUAUGAGUACAUGAACAAGCAGCCCUCCCACCCUUUGCAGGCCCCCCAACCCCGGCCGGCCUCGCUGGAGGAGCUGGGCUACGAGUACAUGGAGGUGGGCUCAGAGCCGGGGGGGCCCCCGGGUGCCCCCCCGGGCCGGGGCGGGCAGGACGAGGAGGACUAUGAGUACAUGAACAAGCAGCCGCGGCUGAGCCGCUCGCUGGGCAGCGUGUCCGGGGGGCCGGGACCCCGCCCCGAGGGCAGCCCCCCCCGCCACGACGGCUACACCGACAUGCGCCCGGGGGAGACCCCCGCGCCCCCCGCCCCGGAGGAGGAGCAGGGCUACGAGGAGAUGGAGGCCGUGGUGACCCCGCGCUGCCCCGGCUGCCGCGGGCCCCCCACCCCCUGCAUGAAGCCCCUGCGCAGCCUGGAGGCCUCGGACUGUGCCUUCGACAACCCCGACUAUUGGCACAGCCGCCUCUUCGCCAAGGCCGAUGCCCAGCGGACGUAGGGGACCCCCUCCGGCCCCCUCCCGGGUCCCCCCCAGGGCUGCUCACACUGGAUAUGAAGGAUCCUCCCCGGGGCAUGAACCCCGGGGAAGGUGGGCGGGGACCAGGGGGUCUCAGCCCGGUCUGGGGUGUACCUGCUCCCUCCCACCCUUUGCAGGGUCUUUUUUUGAGGGUGCAAGGCUGGGGGAGCUAAUCCUGGGCCCCUCGAGGUGGUGGGGAGGGGGCAGCCCAGACCCCCUGAAGAAGGGGCUGGGUGGGGGUCAGGACCCCCGGGUCCCCCUCCCACCAUGCCCGGGGGGUGUCCUCCGGCUGCUCCCCCCAGCUGAAGGUGCUCCCCGUGUGCUGAGGGUCCCUGCGGGGCCCGGGGGGGAGCAGCAGACGAGGUCAGACGGGAUUUUUGAAGGACC